GCUUGACUACCUAUAAACUACCUUCAUCCCAAGAAAACCGCUUGGGUGAACCCAUUCUUGAGGCUCAAUUCGUUCUACAACCUCUCUUCCUCUACAUUGGAAAGCUAGAAUGGGAGAUCAUGGUAGCUCUCCAACAUGCCUAUCAGCAGAGCCUCACGGCCCAGCUGAAAGGAGCCACGGAACGAUUCGAGAUCACGCUGCUCACUAUUUUGGUUGCAUCGAAAUCGCUGACCGAGUCAACUAUCUGAGCCGAGAGAAAAACUGGGAGCUCUGGGAUCACGAGAUCCAAAUCGAGGCUGAGAGGCUACAGCAACGAAAGCCUACCACCAGUGAGGAAGAACGGCUAAAGACUGCGACAGAAAAAGUGGAAGCUAGAAUCAAGAGUCUCGCUGUGAGCAUCGAAGCGCAAUACAAGCGAACGGAUAUUCUCCGAAAAGCACUUUCGGAAGUGAGAUGUCCCCAAUGCGAAGAUCAACCUCGAGACAAGCACGGAGGGAACGAAGGGAAUCCACACCCUCCUUGCGACCUGGUUCAUCUUGUAUCUCACAGUCACGAGGAAUGGAAAAAGUCACGCAGUUACAAGAAGGGAAUCGAGAUCAUCCGAAAUUGGAAACGACAUAAAACAUCAUCAGCACAGAGCAGCGAUGUUGAGGAUGAGCAUCUGACAAAUAGUCCGGAUUUAUCAAGCAAUGGCCGGGCCAGGAUGGCACCUGAGAGGGAAGAGGCUCGCAAGAUCAUCCGGAACGGCCACAUCGAUGUCGAUUAUGCUUUCGAAGAAGACGAAAACACGCCUUCGUACGAACUGGAACGAGAUAUGAACGGCUACCUUAUUCAGUGGAAGAUUUUGAGGCCUGGAGAGUCACGCAAGAAGCUCGAUUCGAACACGCCAACCAAAAUUUCCCCAACAUCGCCCAAUCCACCACAGCUCCCGUCUCUUCCCCCUUCCCCUCUUCAAUCUCCUCGAACUCGAACAGCUAGAGCGCAGAGCGAAGCUACAGUUCAAUUCGAAGCCACAGACCACAAGCCAAAGAGACGCCCGACUGGACCCAGUCGCCUGCGCUCUGGGACAAUGCAAUCCGCAUCCUACCUCGAGCCUUACACAGAACAGGAGAAAUAUCUGGAGCCGUUGAGCGAAAGCCUUAGCGAUUACCGUUUCAAAGGAAAGUUUCCUGAUCAGAGACUGACAUUACAAAACCUUCUCGACCCUACACCGAAGAGACCAGAGUUUCGGGACGUAAUCCUAUCUCGAGAUCGUCCGAAUAAGGAUGGGAGUCCGAAUAAGGAUGAAAGAGUGCGGUACUUCCAUAUACCGCAUAACAAUAUGCAGUUGAAAACGCACAGCCGUAUGGUAUUACGUCCUGAAUAUUGGAGAGGUCAACAGCAUGGCGGCAGACGCACAUUGGUGCAUGCUAGACAUAUGCGUGCUAUUUGCGAGCGUAUUUCGUCGAGGAUCUGGGAGGUGGAAGACAACCCUGAUAACCUUGUCCUGUUUAUGCCCUACUUGCAUUGGGAAGAAGAUCGUAAGCGCGACAACAUGGCUAAAAUAAUUGACAAAGCUUCGGAGAAAAAUCGAGAAGAACAUGAGAAGCAGCGCAAUGACGCCCGUGCCCAGAGAGUAAGGGAACGUACUUACAAGCCAACCACUACCAACAACAAGCAAGUACGAAACUUGCUCGAGCCCGACCUUUGCCGUAUCAAGCACCACGACAAAGUUUCUCCCAUUCAUAAAGAAAGCAUUCUCAGUGCUUGGAAGAAGAACGCAGGCGGAAACCCGAACGGCAAGACUAUGGCUGACGUUGCUAGUGGAUUUGCAUCAGAGGGUCCUGUUGAACAUGAGCACGGCAGUGAUGACCACAACUUGUGGUCUGUUCCCAAGCUGAAAUGCUCCGACCAUGGGAGGUUGCAGAUUGAGAACAAGCUAGGGCAGUUUCUCUUGGAUUCCGCAAGACUGUACGAGGCAAUGUCCAUGUAUAGAGAUCAGUGUCUGUCUUACUACUGGACUCUAAAGACAACAAAAGCGAGAGACAGGGAUCAGGUUGUCUACCGCGGCACAACUAUGGAUGAGAGGAACAUCCACAGAUUUCGAGAGCGCCGUGGAGACCCUGCACAGUCUUGCCAAGACAAGAAACCGUUUUGGCCUUCCGCUGCUCCCUCAAGCCCUGAGCAGAACCCCGACUUUGAUGUUACGGACCCAUCUGAAAGCAACUUUGGCCGUUACAAAUGGGACGGUCACUGGACAAAGACCGACGAGGACGGCUGCGAUCACUGUAGGGACGAGAUACGCAAGGUGUCCAGGAUUGUCAUGGUCGACCAACUGUGGAUGUGGAUCUUGGACAAGCAGACGAUCAUCACCAGUUUCCCGAAAAGAUACGGCGCGAACAAAUCAGAUCCCUCAGGGGUUCACAAGUCGAUACGUACUCGUAUCAAGCACGCUCGCAAAAACCAGAUCCGAUCUGUGUUUGAUGUCGCGCUCAUCAUUCUCGAUGAGUGCUCAAACACAUUCUUCGACAGAACAAAAACACCACAAAACAAACAAACAGUCUCUUUCCAGCAUCUCUGGCACUGGACUGAGCAAGCCUCCAAGGUUUACCACUCCAAAUCAGCGUUCGAGGACACUUCCCAUCUCCACGUCCCGCUUCUCAACAUCAACCCUGAGGGCAAGCUGCAGCGAGAAAUAAAAGACAUUAUCGAUGAGCUAGAUAUCAUGAUACAUGUCAAUGGGAAACAAAGGGAAGUCAUCAAACGGUUCGUGAAGCACGUUGAAAACAUCUACGACCCGAGUGGUAAGUGGCGGGACGAGACACUCAGCCCGGAUGGCAAUCGGGACUACUUUCGUUCCCGGUCCAUUUCGCAAAGCGGCGAAGAGAUCGGGUCUACAGAAGAGGCUAGGAAACAAGAGGAACGCGAGAAGGAUGAGUUUACUUGGUUCCGCAAACAAGCAUACGAUCUCAUAUCGGAUGUGGACGACCGAAUGAACGAGCUCGAAAGCCUGCGUAAGAGCGCCGAGACUACAUCGCAAGGCGUGGGUUCUUUUACCAAUACCUUUGUUUACCCACACGCUGACCGAUAA